CAAAAUCCUAAAUUUAACUUAUUAACUUGAUAUAAACUGAGUUGAGAAUUCAGACGAAAAAAAAAGCUAAAAUGUCGGACAUAAAUGAUGCAGAUGAACUUCUUAAUUGUGAACUGCUGGGUGAAUUAGACGAACACGCUUUGCUGGGCAAUGAAGACGAUUUAUUGUUAUCUGAUGAAGAAGUCAAAGAGGAAAAUAAAGCAGCGAAAUCGUCAACAAAAUCUAAUGAAGCAAACAAAUCUAAUAAAGAAAAUAAAAAAUAUACGGAAAAUAAUCAGUUACAUAAAUCUGAUAAUGUUGGUAAAAGCAAUAAGGCAACAGACGGUCAACCAUCAGAUAUAAAGGUUACUACAAGUGGAUUAUUACCAAAAGAAAACACAUUAAAUCCAGAAGGCACAACAUUAGCGUCUUUUGAAGAGGAAAUUAAGUCUCAAAAUGAUGAAGUAUCAUCUACAAAUAAGGAUAUUAAAAUAAAUGAAGAUGAAUAUUUGCCAAUUUCACAAGAAAGCUCAAAUUUAGAUGAACUGAAUUAUGAGCCAGAUAUCAGAGAUGAAGAUAGUGAAGAAAAUUUGGGUGAACGGCUAAAUAUAAAACAAGCUUCAGAAAGGGAGGAUGUAAGCUCAUCUCCAGAAAAAAAUCAUCAAAAUCUUCGUUACCACUAUGGGAAACGCGGCCGAGGACGUGGUGGGGGACCGCUUUUUUUACCACGAAAUCAUCCACCUAAUAUUAGAAUACCAUUUAAUUCAAGACAAGCGCUGGGAGGUGAAAAAUCUAAUCCACAUGGCAUGCAGCAAAUGCAAUACUCUUCGAAUUCCUUACCCCCUUAUUCAAAUGAACAUCAACCCCAAAUUCCCUUACCGCGUCAUCCUUACCAUCCUCCCGGUGGUCAUAUUAUGAAUCCAAGAAUGGAUUUCCCACAUCACAGACCCAUGGGUCCAACUUUUAUUCCACAAAAUCUUAAUGAAGGCGUUGGUGGUCCUAGAAUGUAUGGGCAAAGGCAUCCUCAAUCUAAUGGUAUGAUACCAGCAUAUAACAAUCGUCCUCAAGCAGGAAAUUUAAUGAGACCAAUGUAUCGUCCUUCUGAUCCAAAUCAACUAAGGCCUCGAAUGCCAUUAAGACCGCAACCUCCCAUUCCAAUUGGAGCUCAAAAUAAUCCAAAUUACAUACCCCAGCCCGUUACUCAAAUACCACAACCGCACCUAAUCCAGUCAAGUAUGGGAGGAAAUUUACAUCAAAAUCCUUCGAAUUCUGCUGUAUUGCCACGUAAAGUACUUAUAAAUCCAAAUUUUAAAGGAGGAGUUGAAGCUGCAACGAGUCAACUUAUGAAAGAUACACAAUUUAUUCAAACUAUUAGCUCGCAUGUUUCUCAUUUACAAAGUGAUGAAGAGCUACUUCGACAACAAGAAGAAUUUAUAAAAAAAAAUCAAAUGCAAAUAGAUAAAAGAAGAUACGCCCGAUCUCCAGGUAGAAGCCGGAGCCGGAGUAGAAGUAGAAGUCGAGGACGAGUUAGAAGUAGAGAACGAAGCUAUUCGCCUCCAAAGCGAAGAGAAUUCUACAGAGAUAGGAGAGGAGGAGGAUUUCGUGGUGCUGGAGGUCGUAACAGACGAGCUAAUAGUAGAGAUUGGGAAAACGAUAAAAGACGAAGAAGUUUUUCUCCAGAUCGUAAAGAUAAAGACAGAAAUCCGGAAGAAGAAGAUGAAGAAACGAGAGCAUAUAGAUUGGAAAUUGAAAAGCAAAAAGCAAUGAGAGAAAAAAUCCUUAAAGACAAAGAACUGAGAAGGAGAAAAGCAGCAGAAGAAAAAUUGACUGAAGAUAAAAAUGAUGAGCCAUUGAAACUAAAACCAAUAGUAGUCACUGAAAGUAAAAUUAUAUCUUUGAAAAAAGUUAAAGAUAGAAAUGAAAUGGAACAAGCAAAUAAUAAAAUGCAACGAAAUUCUUCAACAAAUAAAAAAGGUUUUGAAACUAGUAGUAGUAGUACUAGUCCACAACGUGCAGCCACUAAACGUUCUAUACCCACUGCAAAAAUAUUACCAGAUGCAAAACGUUCUCUAACUGAACAUAUUAAAAAAGAUAUUGCCGUAUCAACAACCACUGGUGGAAGCAAUACUAUUAAAAGUACAGCUCAAAGUACAACUUCGUCAAUUGUCGCAGCAACAACCACAGCUGUUAUUAAACCUGUAUUCAAAAAAUCAACGACUGUUCAAACAGAUUUUUCUAAAAGUCAAAAAACUGAUUGCAACUCUGAUGAGAUGUUAGAUGAUUAUGAUGAUGAGCUUUUAGAGGAAGAACGUUUAUUAGCAUCACCAACACCAUCACCAUCAAAUACCCCAGAAAUUGGCCCUGAAAUUGAGAAUGAUAUUGAUGAUGACGAUGAUAAUAUUAUUUAUGGCAAAAAUGAUGAUUAUGAUACAGCAAGUGAUACUAAAGAAGAUUUUGUUGAUGAUGAUGAAAACAUAAAACAAAAACCAAAAAAAUUAUUUAUGUCGUCAAAUCGUAAAGUUUUAUUAAAACCAUUCCAAAAAAAUUCAGAUAAAAUUGAUUCAAUGAAAAAAAAAGUUUUCGAUAGACUCGAAAAACCAAAACCAAAAGUGUCCGUCAAAGAUAGCGCCAAAAAGAGAAUUCAAAAAAUUAUUGAAUAAUAAUGAUAACUAAAAAAAAAUUGCCAUCAUUAUUAUAAAAUAUAUUAAAAACACCCAGUUUUAUUAUUAUAUAUUAUCAUUUUCUGUUCUCAACUAUGAAUGAUUCUUCAAAAUACAUGGAAUAAUUUCAACAACGGGUUC